AUGCCGGCUACGGACCUUGUGCAACAGGGGAAGUCUGCAUAUCAGCAAGGGAGAUAUGACGAAGCCUCUAAGUCAUUCGCAGCGGCUGCUGCCUCUGCCGCCAAGUUGCAAGACCGUAUCUUCGCCUUGGACUUGCAGAUUGGUGCCAUGGUUAAACUGAAAGCCGUCGAUCCCGCGCUCGACGUCGCGAAGUCCGUGAUCCGUGCGAACCGCAAAGACUGUCGUGGCUACAUUCGUGCUGCGCAGAUUGAGCGCCUCGCAAAUCGACCUCAGGCUGCUGUCCGUUGGUACCAUCACGGCCUGAAGCAUGUCUCUCCCUCGGACGCCUUGUAUCCUUCGCUACAAUCUGGCUUGAAGAAAUGCCAAGCUCUGUCUGUGGCACAGACGAUGGCAUCUCGUCCGUGCGAUCCUUUUGCCUCGCUGCCGCUGGAGAUAGCGAAUAUGGUGCUUCAGCACUUCGACUAUCGGCAGAUGGUAGCAAUCCUACGCGUGUCUAGGGGAUGGCGGUCAUUUGUGAGCAAAGAGCCGCUAAUCACCGACACGAUAGACUUCUCCAAAGCUCGUAACAAAGUCACUAUCGCAGCCUUCAGAGCCUGCCUACGUCGAUUGACGGGGUAUCCAUCGUCUGCCUACCUCACCAACCUUACCGAUCCUGCUCUCAAAGACAUGCAAGUGCGGCUACCGACGUGGCAGCAAAGAAAUACUCUCAUUUCGUACGCCACCGACAGCCGCGAGCUUGCAUUGAUCCCCAGCCACUUGCCAAAAGAUCCAAAGCUGGUAUCUCUCGAGGUAUCUGCGAGCCUGCGGAACGCGAUAGACACUGUAGUCAGGUGUCAUAGACUGAAGCGCCUGACAAUCAGUUGUCCGUACGAGCCGGUUCGGAACUGGGUCCACACCUGGGAAGUCGGUCAACAACAUGCAGGACUAGAACAUUUGCAGAUCGUGGCCAAUUCACUGCAACCGCAAGUUGGGAUUGCGGAUCUUGCCUUGCCGAACUUGCGCUCCCUCAACCUUUGUGGUUUCCAAAUCCCCAACGAGCUUGAAAAGCUGACUUCGCUUGAGGAGCUGCACUUGAAGAACUGCGCGAUGACGAGGGCCAUCGAUCUCCCUACCGCGUUAAAAGACCUCUCCUUCACCAACAUGAAGUACCAGUUUCGUGCUGGAGACAAGCCAAAUCCGGAGCUGCAUCUGCCAGACCUUGUCCAUCUCAGGGCGCAAAUGGAUGCGUGGGAUAUCUCGUGGAGCUGUCUCGGCCUGGACCUGAACAGCAUCCAAUCCCUGGAUGUGCAAGACAACCGACUUACAGAAGAGCAGGCGCUCAUAUUCUCGAAGAUGCCUAGGCUAAGGAGGCUUAUCCUGCGCGAUGCUCGUCUACUUACUGCCUGUUUCGUGAAGGAUCUUUUGGAAGCAUCGUCCCACCACAUUGAAUACAUCGGUCUUUCAAAUUGCGACAAUUUGGAUCCGGGGACUGCCGCUUGGGCUAAGCUUCGUUACAAUGUGAAGGUAGAUAUCAGGACUAUUGCUUGGGACGAUGGCGGCCGCCGCAUCGCCACGUGA